UGCUGUGCACACUCUUUAGCCCAUUCAGCCACCCCGCCCCCUAAAAAAAUAAACAGUUUACCAGUUGCUACAACACCUGAUAAUUGUGUGUUUGAAAUAGAAAAUGAAGAUAGUGUGGAACAAGAAGAAGAACUAAACAAGCCUUCCACACAUCCCCUGACCCUGAUUUUGAGGGAAAAUAUGAUAAACCGCAAAGACUAAGUCAAAAGAGAAAGCAGAAAUUCUUGAGUCUCGACUACAGCAAUGGAAUUUUCUCGAAAGUGGUGUCAGAAUCUCAGAGUACAGAAAACUGCUUCCCUUUUUUGAUAAGAAAAAUAAUCUUGUUAUUUGCUGCCACAUUAAUAGCUGGAUGAAAUCUUUGAAAUUGAACCAUGGUCCAACUGAAUGGAGACUAUUCAUAGGCUCCUCCAAGCUUAGUUUGAAAGCUGUGUUCUUCACAAUGACAACUUUCUUUCUUCUAUUGUUGUUGGUCAUGCAUUUCACAUGAAGGAGACAUAUGCAAAUAUGACAGCUCUCUUGGACUCACUAAAAUAUCAUGAAUACAAAUGAAAAACCUGUGGUGAUUCAAAAGUCAUUGUCAUACUUUUAGGAAUGCAGCUGGGGUACACAAAACAUUGCUGCUUCUUAUGUAUGUGGGACAGUAGAGAUAGGAAAUUGCAUUAUAUUAAAGAUAACUGGCCUGCAAGAAAUCUUGAUCGUUGCUAGAAAAACGUUGCCAAGCUUCUCAUGAACCCAAAAGAUAUUCUACCUCCAUCCCUGCAUAUUAAGCCAGGUUUGAUGAAAAAUUUUGUCAAAGUUAUGAACCAAGAAGGACGACCUUUAAGUACAUAAGAGAGAAAUUUCUGACAUUAAGUGAUGCAAAACUUAAGGAAGUAAUAUUUAUCGGGCCACAAAUUCGAGUACUUGUGAAGGAUCCUGCAUUUGACCAAGUUUUGGAAGGGAAAGAAAAGCAAGCUUGGAAAGCCUUCAACGGAAUUGUUUGUGGGUUUUUAGGCAACAAAAGAGAUGACAACUACACUCAUUUGGUGACAGAGCUCCUGCUAAAGUACCAUGACCUUGGAUGCAUCAUGUCCCUUAAAAUCCAUUUUGUCCACUCCCAUCUAGACUUUUUUUCUCCUAAACCAUUAUGGAAAGAAUGGAACCAUAUAAUCUCUCCAGACACAACCAUCUGCGAGGUAUUCUUCCAGAAAUUUAUAAUUCUUAGAAUGUAACCACCAUUUUGAAAAAUCAAAUGCACUUUCAAUGCUGCUAGCAUAUAUCUCUUAACCCACUAAUAUGAAGUACUUCCACCUAGUGUAUAUCACAGAAGCUAGACCUAAGAAAAAUUUGUCAUUGUCAUGUUCAAUUUUCCCAACCCACAAUUAGUAAGAAUUGACUCAUGAAGUGCUAGAAACAUUAACAACUUGUUUUUUGUUGCCCAGUGUUAUUUUUUCAGAAUAUUGGGAAACCAUAAGUUAAUACAACACUUAUUAUUUUUAUUCCUGAUAAGAUAAGCAUAGAUAGAUAGAAAAUAAACCCUAUUCUGGGACUAUAAAUAUAGUAUAUAAUGAAAUAUUUUAUAGAUUACUUCUUAAUAGUUAUUGUUUAUGAUUUUUGUUUUUCAUUAUUUUUAUUUGUUACAGUGUCCUGAAUUUUUUAUGCAUUGAUCAUUGUAAAGUUUUUAAUAUUUGUUUUUUUACAUUAAGAUCUUUUCUCAUUUUGUGUUUUAGUAUUGCAUGUGUUUUACUGUUUAGUAUUAUGUAGUAUAUUUCCAUAUAAUUUAUGAAUAAGUAUUUCUCCCCUAGGAGGCUCAGAAUUGCUCAUAAUAUCCAUUCUACAGGGAUAUUACAAGUUUCUCCUGAACAAAUUUACAGCUUUUCUUCAGAUCAUUUAAUUGAUUGUGGAGAAAUUGGUCGAGGGGCAUUCGGGACUGUUAACAAGAUGGUUCACAAGGAUAGUAAUAUGCUAAUGGCUGUGAAGAGAAUCAGAUCCACUGUUGAUGAAAGAGAACAAAAACAGCUAUUAAUGGAUUUAGGAGUAGUUAUGAAAUCAAAUGAUUGCCCAUAUAUAGUCAAGUUCUAUGGGGCUCUUUUUAUUGAAGGAGAUUGUUGGAUUUGCAUGGAGUUAAUGGAUACUUCUUUAGAUAAAUUUUAUAAAUUUAUUUAUGAACACUUAGCAACCCAGAUACCUGAAAGUGUGAUCGGAAAAAUUGCAGUUGCGACUGUGCGUGCUUUGAAUUAUUUAAAAGAACAUUUGAAGAUAAUUCAUAGAGAUGUUAAACCAAGCAACAUUCUUCUUGAUAGAAGAGGAAAUAUUAAAUUGUGUGACUUUGGAAUUUCAGGGCAACUAGUUGAUUCCAUUGCAAAAUCUAGUGAUGCAGGUUGUAGACCCUAUAUGGCGCCUGAGAGAAUAGACCCGCAGAGAACCAAGAGUGGUUAUGACGUUCGUUCAGAUGUCUGGUCGUUGGGAAUCACUCUGAUGGAAGUGGCAACAGGCAGAUUUCCCUACCCCAAGUGGAAGUCAGUGUUUGAUCAACUUUAUCAAGUGGUGAAUGGCAGAGCACCCUCGUUAUCUCCUGCCUAUCAGAACCGGUUUUCUGAAAACUUUAUCUCAUUUGUUGAUACAUGCUUGAUUAAAGAAGAAAACCGAAGACCCAAGUAUAAUGGACUCUUGGAACAUCCAUUUAUAAGACAAAGUGAACAAGCUCAAGUUAAUACUGCUGGUUAUUUCUCAGAAAUUUUAGACAAUAUGGCUCUGAAUGGAGCUUUUUUAUCUACUGCUGAUCAACCUUGAUUAGAUUUUAAUACCCACAGGGCUUUCAUAUGGUUUUUUUUAAACCAUAACUGUAAAAAAUAUAUAUAUUUAUUUUAUUUUCAUGUUUUAAGUUAUUUGUUCUCACUCCAUCAACAUAAAGUGAGAACAAUUACUUAUUACCACUUAUCUAAGUUGAGGUUUUUCUUCUUUUUUUUUUUUUAUAUUUUAAUGUUUAAAUAAAAAUUUGAUUUUUAAAUAAAAUAUAUUUUGGUUUUAAAUGUCUUUGAUAGCACCAAUAUGUGCCUAUUGUUAAUUAUUUGUUAUUGAAUGUUGACUUUGAAAUGUCUUGCUAAAUAAGUAUUGUAUAUAGAAAUUAUAGCAUUGUUGAUUGAGAAAUUGUUAACAUAGUUUUACAUUUAUACAACACCAAGUUUGAGAAUGUAAAUGUGUUAUAUUGAAGAGAUUAUAAUAUAAUAUCUUUGAAAUGUU